AUGGUGAUUAUAAGAUCUGUAUUUUCGUUGAAAAGGAUUGUAAUUCUGUUAACCCUGAUGACCAUUCUGUUGUACUCUAUCGCGAAGUUACGCAACAACAUUCCGAUUCAAUGGAAAGACCAAAAAAUUCAAGAUAUUCUGAAGAUUUUAAUUUAUUGGCAACGUUUUCCAUUGAACGAUAUUCCAAUCAGACCUAUCAAUUCAUCACAUAGUUUAUCCUAUACUCAGCUUUCUGAUUGGCAGAUGAAGAGUGUUGGACAUUAUAGAAAUUUUUACUCGUUUAAAAUAGAAAACGCAGAGAGUAACAUGAACUUUGAUCAAAUUUCAGAAAUGGAAGUUUUUCUGAACUUUCAACCGCUGAUGUCCAACAACGAACGAAAUAUACUGCUGUACACUUUUUAUAUUUUUCAACAAAUCUGCAAAAAACAUGGAUUUGAAUAUUUCGCUAUUGAAGGCACAUUAUUGGGUGUGUAUCGUCACAUGGGUAUUAUCCCGUGGGAUGACGACAUGGACGUGAUCAUGGAUGCCUCCAAAUGGACGGAGAUCCGGGAUGCAUUAUCCGGAAACGAGGAAUUGAGUCUUCAUACUGAUUCACAUUACCAAUGGAAAAUAUUUCUCAAAUCAGCGUAUCAACCGAAAAAUUCAGAAUUUAAAUGGCCAUUUAUUGAUAUUUUUUUCUACAAGCACGACAAGACUCAUAUUAUUGGUCUCACUCCAGCUUUAAAGCUAAAUUUUAUUUAUGAAACAACGGACAUCUUUCCUCUUAUAUCAAAACCAUUUGAAAAUUCAGAAAUCUACGUACCAAAGAAGAUAGAUAAAAUAGUCCCUGAGUUGUAUGGAGUGACAAUGUGCCAAACCAACAGUUAUAUCCAUAAACAGGGUUUAGACGUUCCAAACAAAUACAUAAAAAGUAUUCCGUGUUCAUAUUUAUACAAUUUAUAUCCUUUUGUUUUCCGUUCUGUGGACUCAGUCAAUGGAAAAACUGUUGAAGAAUUGAAACUAGACUCUAAAAUUAUCACUGAUAUCAGUUUCGUAAGAUACGAUUCACAACUACAAUGCAGAUGA